AUGGCUGCGACGAGAUCCACCGAGGCCGGCCAUGACCCGGUACUGUCCGCGGGCAUGGGCGUGCCAAAGAGGCGAGCUGCAGCCGGCAGGACCGCACAUGCAACGUGGAAGUGGCGGAGAAGAACCUGGAGUGCCGUGCUGGCCCUCCACCUGGUCGCAGCAGAAGCAAGUCUGUCUCCUGAUGGCACUGUACGCGACCUUGGAGGCAGCAACUUCUCAGCUGCCAUCACAAGGUCUGGUGGCCUCAGCUUCGUGGAGUUCUACGCUCCUUGGUGUGGCCACUGCAAGAAGCUGGUACCGGAAUGGGAGAGGACAGCAGAGCUGUGCAGAGAUGAUGGAAUCUUGGUGGCCAAGGUUGACUCCAUUGCUGAAAAGGCUCUAGCGCAACAGCACGAGGUUCAGUCGUUCCCAACUCUGAGACUCUUUCGAGGCAGCCCGAAGGUUUCCGUCAAGUACGAAGGUCCUCGCACUGCUGCUAAAAUGGCAGAGUGGGUCAAGGCCAAACAAAACGAAGACCUGGUCCAACGACUGCCGGCUUCUUCGGAGGAAAUCGCAGCUUGGGCCUCUCAGAAGCCGGUCGCAGUGCUGGGGCUCCUGGAGGGUGUGGUCGAGAGCAGCGUCUUGCUUCAAGCUUUGGAGGAUGCAUCGUUCACCUUGAACCCUUCAGCCGCAGGAGGCGAGGUGCCCAUUGGCAUCGUGGAGUCGACAAGCCCUGCCCUUCUCAAGAGCCUAGGCUCGACAGGUUCCGGGCCGAGGCCGACGCUGCCAUGCGUCGCUCUGCUGCGCAGCUUCGACUUCGAAGAGAAGGUGUCGGUUUUCACUCCGCAAGGCAGCUGGCCCAACAGCUUCGAGGCCUUGAUGUCAUGGAUAGCAGCGAAGCGGGUGCCGGCCCUGAUCCCAGGAUCGGAGCAGACGGAGAAGUUCUUCUUGCAGGACAUCGAUCCUGGAAAUGGCUUAGUGCUUUACUUCGGUGAAGACGAGCAGCUCCGCCGCGAUCUCCACGAACUGGCUGUGUCGUUCCGCAGUGAUGCGAAGCUGAAGUGGGUGCACCUAAAGAAGAGCCAGUUCGGUGAGAGCUUGGGCAAGAACGUUGGAUUGACCCCUGCCGACUUUCCAGAGGUGGCGAUCUGGGAGUUCGGAGAGACAGAGGACACCGACAAGGUGUAUCGGCUGUCCCAGCAGUCCUCUGGUGCAGCUUUGACGCGAAAGGCAGUUCAGGCCUUUGUCGAUGACUGGCGGCAGGGGAAGCUCUCGGCAGAAAAGGAUCCAGUGGUUUCGGUCACGAGUGACACGUUCGACAGCCUCGUCAUCGACAAUGACAAGGAUGUGCUGGUCGAGUUCUACGCUCCUUGGUGCGGCCACUGCAAGGCUCUGGCUCCAGAAUACAAGCUGGUGGCCCAGCACUAUGCACUGGACGACGACAUUUCGAUCGUGCGACCUGGUUGCCUACAAUCCGAUAAGUUGGCUUUUGAGGGAGUACUGACAGGCGCUUUCUUUAGCUUGGCUUUCGUGUCGGUUUUUAUCUGCCAGUCGGAAGAUGGAUGCGACGAAGUACAAACAUGGCUCUGCAGACAUCAAGAGCUAUCCGACCCUCAAGCUUUAUGCAAAGGGCAAGAAGGAGACUCCCAUCGACGGGGAGUUCAAGUCAACGCGGACCAAGGAUGGAAUUCUGGCGUUCAUCGAAGAGCACCGUGCCACGAAGAAGAAGGGAGGCAAAGGAGGAAAGCAGAAAGACACAGACAAUGA